CCGUCUAUCUAUUCUGAAAUGAAUCUUUUGAUUUUUUAAAUUUUAAAUACACCUCUUUGAGGAGGUCCUUUAGAAAAUCAACUGCUGAAACAACGGAACCCAAUAUUAUUAUUUGCCCGACUAUUUUUUUUAUUUGGCGCCAUCCUUACUAUCUUUUGUACUUAUUUGUUUGUCCUAUUUUAGCUCUAUCAAUUUAAGAUCACAUGAAGAAAACACUUGUUACAUAAUUCAAUCCCGAUUUUUUCUUGAACCAGUAUGUAAGAUUUAAUUAUUAUAAAUUUGCAUGCAACCUUAUAUUAUUCCAACUAACUUCCUAUUCAAAGUUCAAGAAAGUAUACUUCCUUAUAACAGCUUAGUAGGUACAAGUAGAUUGAUAUCCACAGGAAAUCCAAGUCAUGUUUUCCAAUUUAGGAUUCACCAUGUCAUCGAUAUUAGUUAUUUUUUGAUAUUAAUAAUUCUGGAAGCCAGGAAACAGCAUGAUAUCUAAUAUAGGUAAACGGUGACAGGCUGUGCAAUGCGUGCACAUUACCAUUUUAUAUUAACAACAACCACCACCGACCGGAGGGAUGUUUAUAUCAGAUACAAGCAUUCAUACGAUUACAAUAUGACAACCGGAUAUAAUAGAAGUUAGAAAACGGAUUUACAGAACACGAUAUACUUUCAAAAUGUGCAUUAAUUCAGUAAAUUUGAAUUCAGUCUUGUCUCUUUGAUUUUCUUCUUUUUUAGGUGGGCUACAAAGAUAACUACAAAACAGCAUGUCCUGCUUCCGGUACUGAUCACCCUAAAUUACCAUUUUCUAGACAAAGAAAUAGAACAGGAACAGAUAAUAAUAAUUUAAGAUCUAGUACAGAACAACCGUCUAGCCUGACUCCUAGAAUGUCGAGUCCCACUCCAACAGAAACAAACACUCUGUUGCGCCAGAAUCAGGAGUUGCGUCAACGUUUGCAAGAAGAAGCAUGUAGUUAUCGUCGUCGUAUUGAUACUUAUAAGCAAGCCCAACAGAAUCAGGCGGCUUUGGUGUCUCGCUUGCAAUCUAAGGUGCAACAAUACCGACAGAGGUGUUCCGAUUUGGAGGGAAGAAUGCACGAAACUAUUAAGCCCGUUCCAUCGACGAGCUACAGCAGUGCUCCCCAAAUAACUACUGGUCCUAUAUCGAGUGGAGGAAUUUGUCCCAACACUUCGAUAACCAUGGGUCAAUCUAGUUUACCGUGUUCUUCGUCAUUGGAUUCACCGCCAACACCACCAUGCAUGAGAGAUUGUGCACAUCAUGAUGAUGGCAGUGACAUUUGCAGAAAGCUUGAGGAAGAACAUAAUAAAUGCGAACAUAUCAUGCAACAAAACAAUGCUUUGAGACAACAACUUGAGGAAUCAAAUAAGACCAAUGAGGCCUUGACGAAUGACUUGCAAAAGUUAACAAACGAUUGGUCUAAUUUAAGGGACGAACUGAUGACAAAGGAAGAUGAGUACAAGGAAGAGGAACAGGCUUUUAAGGACUACUACAAUUCCGAACACAAUCGUUUAUUAAAAAUGUGGCGAGAAGUUGUCGAUGUUAAACGUUCCUUCAAGGACAUGCAAGUGGCUAUGAAAAACGAAGUUAGCAAAAUGGGCAAAGAAAUUACUACAGUUAGCAAAGACAUGUCAAAUGCAUGUAGCGGUGUUGAUUUCACUACAAAACAAGCAGCUCGAGCUAGUAACGAACAAUUACAAAAAUCCCAACGUGAAGAUUCAGAUCUCAAAUCUCAAUUAGCCACUUUGAAAGUUCAAUAUGACGGUGCAAAACAUGAGAUAAACGAACGUGAUCUACGUCUACAAGAUUUAAUGCAACAAUUGAAGAAACUUGAAGAUCGUUGUUCUCAAGCCGAAUCUCAAGCUAUGCAAACAAAUCGUAUGAACGAUGAAAUCGAACGUUUAAAUAAUGCUAUUAGAGAAAUAGCACAAGCUGUCGUUCAAGAUGCCGAAACUGUUGUUGAUGUUGAAGAUAAUGGAUCUUCACAGCAUUUGCAUUUGAGUCAACAAUCGGUUAUGGGAGGACCUCCAAUGAAGUCACCAAGAAGAGGAUCAACUAGAACUUCACAUGCUUUUGCCGAAGGAACUAUCUCGGCUGUACAAGCGGCUUUGCAUAAAUAUCAGCUAGCUUUGCAUGAUCUUCAAGUUAAGUAUCAGAAUUGUAAUGAUAAUCUUCAAACAACAAAGAAUCAGCUAGAAGCCAGUGAAAACACGAAGACUAUUCUGGCUUCCAAAGUGUCCCAGUUGACAGAAAAACUCGAUACUAGUAAUUCUCAACUUUCAGAACUCUUUAAAGAGCGCGAAAGUCUUCAGAAGACUUUAGAUGGAAUCCGAGGUGAUAAGAUGAAUGUGGAACGAGGACGGGCGGAAUUAAACAAUGCAUUUGAAAACCUUAGCAAUGAUUAUGAGAAGCUUCAACUUAACUAUGGUAAGCUUCAAAAGAGAAUCGAUAGUUUGGAAGAAGACAAAAAAGCUGUUGAGCUUGAGAUCCAAAGAAUUCUUAAAGACAAGGAUAUCACUGAGAUGAAUUUAAGGUCCGAAGAAGAUCGUGGAAGUCGUCUUCGUGAAGAAACCAUAUCUCUAAGGGAGGAACUCAACAGACUUAGUCUCAAUAGAGACCUACUCGAACAGCAACGCAUCGAAACUGACAGCGUUAUUUGCAUGAUGGAAAAACAAAGAAACGACCUGGAGUAUGACUUGGAAAAACUGCUCCUUGAAAAAUGUGAACUUCAGGAUAAACUUGAGAAAAUCUCUUCAAACAGCUUCACAGAUAAAGAAGAAGUUAAAACUCUGCAAGAUCAUUUAACAGAAUCUGAAGAAGAUCGGAAGAAACUACGAAGUCAAUGCAGUGAGCAGGCAAAUGAGCUAUCUGCUAUUAAAAAAGAGCUAAACGUUAUUGAAAAGAGCCGCCUUGACUUGGAAACCGAAAACCUCUCGCUGCGAGAGAAACUCAAGUUUCUGCACAUGGAGAAGGAAAAGAUACAGCAAGACUUGGCCUGCGUUACUAGAGAUCGUGGGGACAUUCAUAAUCAGCUCACUGCCACAAAUCGAAAGAAGGAAUGUUUAAAUGAAGAACUGAUGCGGACUCGGCAACGCUUGGAACAGGCGAAUGAGACUAAUAAUCGAUUGAAUAGAAAUUUGGAAGAAAUGGUCAAGGAAAGUGAGGAAAGGCAGGUUGUUAUUGAAAUGCAUGAAAAGGAUCUUCAAAGGCUUCAGGAACUUCUAGCAUCCCUUCGUACUGAAAAGGAAUCUCUAGAAGCUGUUCUUUUUGAUACAAAUACCACUUUAGAAGCAACAGUUGAAAAACGUAAUCAACUGGAGCGUGAACUGCAGGAGGUAUUGGUGAAAGAGGAAGCCUUGAAGAACAAUGUAGCCCGAUUAACUAAAGAUUUGGAGAACUGUCAGCGACGUGCUCAGGAAAUGAAGAAUCAACUUACCAAUGCUGCGCGUGCGCAAGAAAGUGAGCUUAUGCAAAAAAUUGCACAACUUAAGGCAUCCGGAGACGAAAACACUAAAAAAUAUGCUGACGAAAAUCAGCAAAUUCGUAAUGCUUUAGAGAAACGAAUGCAACAAGCGUUGCAGGCAUUGGAAACAGCUAAAGAUGAUGAAAUAUUUAAGCUUCAAGAGCAUAUUGAAAGUCUGCAAGGAAAUAUUGAGAAACUUAUGCAGCAGCAAGAAGAUGCAAUGAUAAGAGCUGAAAAUGAAAAACAACAAUCUUUGUUGAUGGCACAUCGAGACAAACAAGCUAUUGCUGAAAAGUUAGAAGCUGUUACCAGAGACUUGAAAGCUGAACAAGAUGCUUUGGAUCGUAAUCGACGGGAAUUUGUGGCGAGAGAUGAAAAACAUCGUAAUAUUAUAGCUCAAUUGAAGGAUGAAAUUGCUGGAAUUCGAACGAAGGAGGAAGAAAAUAAAAUGAAAUUAGAGGAAGAAAUUAAAAAGUUGGAAAUAUCAUUGGGAUCCAUUCGAGAAGAACGAGAUUCACUUGGCAGACUAAGUGAAGAGUUAAAAAUGGAAGUUCGUUUGAGAGAAGAUAAAAUUGAUGGACUUAAUGCUCAUCUGCAAGAAACAAUGCGGAAGAUAAAAGAAGGUGACGGACAAACUGAAGGUCUUCGCAAAGACCUCACCGAUAACCGUCGAGCUCUAGCAGAUAGUAAUAUUGAACGAGAUAAGUAUGCAAAUAGUAAUAAAGAGCUUAGGGACCAUGUUAAACGAGUUGAAAGUGCCAAACGAGAACAAGCACGAGCUAUUGAAGAUGCCUUACAAAAAAUUGCCAAUCUUGAAGAUAGCAAAAAUACUUUAGAAAACGAACGAACUAGACUAAGUACUUUGCUAAAAGAAACCGAAAAUAAUUUUACCAAAACAAGUCAAGAGCUAACAUCAACAAGAAGUACUUUACAAAAAGUUCAAAUUGAAUGUUCACAAAAGAAUGAUGGUGAAAAAGAUUUGCAAAAUAAGCUGACAACAGAAAUUGAAGCUAAAGAGAGAGCAUUACAAGAAUUGGAUCAAGUUAAGAAGCAGCUUGCCGAUUUAGAAACCAAUUUAUGCGCUACACGUCAGGAACUAGGACGUCUUCGUUGCCAUGCCGGUCAAGAAGAGCAUAGAUUCCAUAAUCGUGAACAAGAACUUGUAGCAAGACUGGAAGAAGGUCGUUGCAGAGAAAAACGUAUUGAAGAUCAAAAGCACAAUCUCGAAGUUUGCCUUGCCGAUGCAACUCAGCAAAUUCAAGAGCUUAAAGCUCGCCUUGGUGGAGCUGAGGGAAGAAUAAGAGCAUUAGAUGAACAGCUGUGCAAUUGCGAAGCUCACAAACGCGAUGCUGAGCAAAAACUUAGCUCUAUUGCACAUACUUUGCGACGCAUUGCUGGUAUUCAAUUUGAUGGUACCGUUAGUCUAUCGCAUAGAUUGGUUAUUCCGUCACGUCGUUAUAGUCCCGUGCGAAGUGGUUGCCAUGAUUUCGAGACUCGAAGUACUUCCAAUUGCCCAGAUGGCCCAUUAAUUGAGGUGGAUCCUGACUUGGUUCGCAAAGGUGUUCGUAAUCUAAUGCACCAAGUUGCUCAAAUUGAACGUGAGAAAGAUGAUUUCAAGGCUCAAUUGAAUACUACGAAGAAACAGCUUCAAGACGCUGCUGAUCAACAAGUUAAAUGCGAUACUAAAGUCUCGAAAUUGCAUCAAGUAUUGCGUCAUCUUCAAGAAGAGAAAAGCAAUUUGGAAAGUCAAUUGGGUAUCAAGUCAGCCACUUUGCAAUCGGUGGAAGAUUCACUCCGUCAGAAGACUGAUGAAUGUCAACAGCUUCGAGAGAAACUUGCAAGCUUAGAAAUGCAAUUAAGUGCCGGUGCCGAAGAGAAUAGUCAAACAGAGGAACGUUUAGAAAAAUGCCGUCAACACGGCGCCAAACUUGAGACUGAAAAGCGUCAAUUACAAGAAGAACUAGCCAAAAUCGAAGGUAGAGCGUCUAAGCUCGAUCUACAACGUGUUGCUAUGGAAGGUGACAUAACUCGUCUGCAAAUGAUUCUACAAGAAAAAGAUUCAACCAUACGACAAUUGCAAGAACGUUUAGAAAAUCAAAAUCGUUCUUCCGCCCAACUAGAAGAUCGUUGUGCAUCACUUAAAUCAACUGUGGAUCAGCUUAAAGAUCGUCUACAAAAAACUGCCUUAACCGAGACUGAAUUACGUGGUGAAAUUAAGACUUUGACCAAAGAACUCUCCGAACAAGGUCAUACAUCACAAUCGAAUCAAGAAAAAAUGAAAAUGCUCCAAAAGAGUUUACAAACUUUGGAAAAUGAGAAACGAAUUUUAGCAGAACGUUUGGAAAAUGCUCAAGGCAAUGUCAAUGAAUUACGUCGAAAUCAACAAGCCCAGCUUGAUUCUGUUCAGAGACUUCAGGAACAAGUAACUGAAUUAGAAGUUCAACGGUCUGCUCUAGAGUCACAACUUCGAAUAGCCAAAUGGAAAGAAGAGUCUGGCGAUAAUAAAGCUGGCGGUGGAGGGGAUAUGAUGGAUUCUUACAAUGAAGAAAAUGAGCUUAGUCGACAACUAAAGUCCUCACAGAGAGAAAAAACAGAACUUCGAGGAAAGUUACAGUCUCUGAAAGACAAAGUUAAGCAGUUGGAAGGUGAUCGUCAAAGUAAGUUCUCUGGUGGAGCUGCUAAUUUCGAUCGAUCAGAGAAGAGCUAUUAUGACGCUGGAGAUUAUGACUCAAAUCGCAUGGAAAACGACAAUUAUUUGAAAUCCACGGCUUAUAGCUGUGGCCUGGACCAUGCUGUCAUCGAACAAGAAUCUCGUGACUUACGUCUUAAGGUUCGUCGCUUGGAGACCUUACUCGCCGAAAAAGAAUCCGAACUAGCCAGAGUCAAGGCAAGAGUUCACGAUAGUGGCAAAUGUCUUGAUGGGGACUCGGAGAGAUACCGCAGUGCCCAGCUUCAUGCUGAAAAAUUGUUAGACGCCCGGGAACAGGCUCAUCGCCAACAAGUCCUUAGACUCGAAAAUCAGAUUUCAAUGUUGAGAGAGCAAUUAGCACAGGAAGCCAAGAGGCGUCAACAGUAUAUACUGCGUAGUUCCCGCGCUAAUAGAGAAAUGCAGCAUUUGCGAAGUACCUUAGGUGACUCCCUGAGACACGUCUCACAACAUCCUUUAGACCCAAAUCUACUUGAAAGCGAAACAAGACGUUUGGACAACGCUGUUUCGAUGAGUUUACCACCAUCUUCAUGUCGUGAUCGUGAAUACGAGCGUAGUUUGAGUCCUCAUAAAUAAAUACUAUUUUUAGUCAUAUAUCACAAAUUGAUGCACUGCCAUUUAUACAAACUAAAAACCUAAAACAAAUAUUCUAAUCGUGUGUGUUCCGAAAAGUAGUUUUUAUCAUGAAUUUUAGUGUAAAUAUUUUAAUUAUUAACAAUUUUAUUGGCUUUGUGGACGAAAAAAUUUAAAAACAAAGUUUAUGACGGAGCUAAGUUUAAGUACAAAGUAUUCCCCCCAACAAGAUUAACUUUGACUCGAUGCGACUUUCCUCGAGAAAAAUUGUGCCCAAACGAUCUUUUUUUCGAACGAAAAAAAAAAACAAAGAAAUGCAUUUACCUAAAAAAAAAAAAACAUGCUGAAUAUUAUAUUCUUAUUCGAAUAAAAUUAAGUAAUUUUAAAUAUUUUUACUCACACCUAGUCAUCACACAAGUAUUUUACAAGUAUUUUAUUUAUACUUAUAAUGAAAAAUGUAUUUGACAUUUUUUUUAAAUUUAAGUCUUACAAAAGUAAAUCACAACGAAAUACACAUU